AUGAGAAGAUGGAUGAAACAAGUUGCAAUGAAAAAAUGUUUGGUAGAAGUCGUGCCAACGAGCCUAAGGUCGAUCAAAUUGACGAAAGCGCUGAUGCGAGCGACGGGCUUGUGGCACUCGUCGAGCAAAUCAAGCGGCCUCUGGUCCAACGUCGUGUUGGCUUUAGUAUUGCUGCUGAUGAUUUACUCGGUGUUCGUGCAGGCUCAAGAGCUGAUCUACGCCGGGAGCAGCAUCACGGCGAUCACUUUCGCGGCGCCCGUGGCGACGGUGGUCGUCACGGAAUCCUCGAAACUCGUGGUCUUCAUAGCGAAGCGUAGGAAAAUGGUAAAUCUGAACAAAUUCGUGGACAGCCAGUUCUGGAAGAAGAUCUACAGCGACGAGGAGUUGGUGAUUUUCAACGACUGCGAUCGGAUGUGCUUCAGGCUGAUAGGCAUCUACUGCACACUGUUGUUGGGUACUUGCUCCAUGUAUUUGAUUCUGCCUAUAAUCGGCAUGGACACGGAGCUCAGUCCACAACGAGAAUUGCCCUUUCCAAUGCGAAUCGCAUCGCCGCUGUACGAAAGCCCUUACUACGAAAUGUACUUCGCCUUGGAGAUAGUGGGUACUUUAACCGUCGGUCUGUGCGUCUCCACCUUCGCGAGCUACCAAUUCGCCGUCAAUUUGUUCACCGCCGUGCAAUUCAAGAUUCUCAACACGCACUUGACGUCACUUUGCGACUUCGAAGACGACGCGAGGGAUGAACGAAACACCGAACGCCAGAUGAAGGCUUUGACGAAGCUCAAAGGUUUGAUCACCACGCACCAAACGCUCAUUGAUUUGACCAAGCAGAUCGAGGACUUGUGCUGCUACGUGAUGCUCGAGCAGGUGUUCGGCUCGACUUCGCAGAUCUGCUUCUGCGGCUUGCAGAUUCUACUGGCCAAGUCAACGCUAACCCGCACCGUCCUGAGCGUGGAAUUUUUGCUGAGCAGCGUGCUGCAACUUUACUUCUACUGCUACUCUUCGCACAUGAUUUUCGAGGCGAGCGAGAGCGUUUCUCAAGCUAUCUACUCGAUGAAGUGGUUCAAAAUCACGGAUCCUAAGCUGCACAAAGAGUUCCGCCAACUGCUGCUGAUCAUCAGCAUGAGAGCACGGCGACCCUGCGUCCUCACCGUUGGCAAAUUUUAUCCCCUCACGCUGGCGGCUUUCAGCUCGGUUCUCAGUACAUCGAUGUCUUAUUUCACAGUGCUGCGACAGCUUUUGUACAAUCAAUAGAGCUCAUCCCAUCAAAAGUGUUUUGGUAUUUUUCCAUGUUAUCUUUGUAAUUCGUCAGCUUGAGCAAAA